ACAUCACUGGGCAGUGCACAUGUAACAGCCUACCAGCUCGAACCUUGGAAGCCAGCCGCGAGUCGGUAGCACUGAAUCGCAUAAACAGCGGUCGACCCCGCGCGCCCGCCUGCCCAAGCUCCCGCCAUGGUCCGCAUCAUCCCCAAUCGCCUCAAGUCAGGCUUUUCCAACAGCCCAACCACCAAUUCCGCCUCCAACAGCCGUAGCACGAGCCCAAUGGGGACAAAGGGAGACGUUGCGAGCACCGAGGGCCGCAAGGACAAUGGCCUGGUUUUGCACGUCGUUAUUCUUCGGGCCAAGGACCUCGCUGCCAAGGAUAGGGGAGGGACGUCGGAUCCGUACCUCGUCUUGACUCUUGGCGAAGCGAAGCACAUCACCCACACCGAGUCCAAAACCCUCAACCCCGAGUGGAACGAACAAUGCGAGCUUUCCGUCAGCGGCGUGCAGAGCCUGCUGCUCGGCGUGUGCGCCUGGGACAAGGACCGCUUCGGCAAAGACUAUCUUGGCGAGUUCGAUCUCGCCCUGGAAGAAAUCUUCAGCGAUGGCAAGACGGAGCAGAAGCCCAAGUGGUACCCCCUCAAGAGCAAACGACCGGGGAAGAAGACCAGCGUGGUCUCGGGGGAGGUCUUGCUCCAGUUCACCCUCCUUGACAGCACCAAUCCGAACGCCACCGACGAACAAAUCAUGGAGAAGCUGGCCGCGCUCGUCAAAUCUGUCCCCGGGACUGAUACAUCGCGGAACCCAACGCCGUCGCGGACACCCGUGCUCGCCCCGGCCGAGAAGUCAAAUUCCCCCUCGCCCUCUCCGCCCCUCGAAGCCAACAGGCCGGCGGACGACCAAGACGAGGAGGACGAUGACGACGCGUACGAGGACGAAACGCCCGAGGACGAGGACCAGUCCAAACCGGAAGCGGUCGAGAAGAGGCGGAGGCGGCUGCGGAUCAAGGGCCUCAAGCGCAAGAAGAGGGAAAACCCCUACGAGUUCAUCAACGGCGGUAGCGACGUGGUCGGCAUCAUCUUCCUCGAGAUCUGCAGCAUCACCGACCUGCCACCCGAGUCGAAUCUGACCAAGACGAGCUUUGACAUGGAUCCAUUCGUGGUUGCUUCGUUGGGCAAGAAGACGUAUCGAACCAAAACCAUCCGGCACAAUCUGAACCCGGUCUUCAACGAGAAGAUGAUCUUCCAGGUCCUCGGCCACGAGCAGCAGUACAGCUUCUCAUUCACCGUCAUUGACCAUGACAAGUACUCGGGCAACGACUUCAUCGCGUCAGUGAACUUCCCGGUCAAGGAGCUGAUCGAGAAGGCCCCCAAGGCCGACCCCGAGACCGGCUUGUACAGCCUGAAGGAGGUGCCCGACUAUGCGGCUCCGACACAGCGGUCCCGGUUCAUGAGACUCGGCCUCUCGCGCACCUCGUCCUCUCAGAGCCUCAGCAAGCUCACCAGGCCGGCCCUAUCCAAGAGCUCGUCCUCGGCAACAUCUUGUUCCGCCACAGCCACGCAAUCGCAGACCCCCGGCGCCUCCCAGUCUCAAACGGAGGGCAUUCCGGAAGGUGCGCAACCGGCUCUUCCCAACACUGGGCUCCUUCAGCCGGGUGACAAUUCGGUGGCUGCUGCCGCCUCCACCCUCGGCGAAACCAGCCCGCCGGACGGCGACGAUCCCGACUUCAUCCAGUACACGCUCCCACUCAAGAUGAAAAAUCAGGAGAAGUGGGAGGCCAAGCACAAUCCGCAAUUGUUCAUCCGCGCCAAGUACAUGCCCUACCCGGCUCUCCGGCAGCAGUUCUGGCGGGCAAUGCUGAAGCAGUAUGACACGGACGAGAGCGGUUACAUCAGCAAGGUCGAGCUCACGACCAUGCUCGACACCUUGGGCUCGACGCUGCGCGAGUCGACCAUCGACAGCUUCUUCCAGCGAUUCCCUCACAAGGCGAGCGACAGCGACGACGCGGGGGACCUGACCAUGGACGAAGCGGUCAUCUGCCUCGAAGACCAGUUGCAAGCCAAGUCACGACCGCAGGGCGUGGCCGAGCGCGUUAAGAAUUUGCUUCCCGAGUCGGGCAAGAUUGCCAACCUGCUCGCGCCGGCCCGUUCUGGUGAGGAAACUCCACCGGAGCCGAAGACGAAUGACACGUCGACCAUCUCCGUCCCGGAAUUGAACACCCCUGGCGAGGAGGGCGAGUUGUUCGAUCGGGACGACCUGAACAUCAGCUCGUCUGAGGAGCACGUUGUCGAGAUCCGGGAGUGUCCCAUCUGUCACCAGCCGCGCCUGAACAAGCGCAAGGAUGCCGACAUCAUCACGCACAUCGCGACCUGUGCGAGCCAGGACUGGCGCCAGGUCAACAACCUGAUGAUGGGCGGCUUUGUCACCUCCAGCCAGGCGCAGCGCAAGUGGUACUCCAAGGUCAUCACCAAGAUCUCGUACGGCGGUUACAAGCUGGGCGCCAACUCGGCCAAUAUCCUGGUUCAGGACCGGCUGACCGGUCAGAUCAACGAGGAAAAGAUGAGCGUCUACGUGCGGCUGGGUAUCCGUCUGCUGUACAAGGGCCUGAAAUCGAACAACAUGGAGAAGAAGAGGAUCCGCAAACUCCUCAAGAGCCUCAGCAUCAAGCAGGGCAAAAAGUACGACGACCCGGCGUCCAAGGCCGAGAUCCCCAAGUUCAUCGCUUUCCACGGCCUCGAUAUGUCCGAGGUGCUCCUCCCGCUGCACGAGUUCAAGAACUUCAACGAGUUCUUCUACCGCGCGCUCAAGCCCGGCGCGCGCCCCUGCUCGGCACCCGACAACCCGCGCAUCGUCGUGUCGCCGGCCGACUGCCGCUCCGUCGUCUUCAACCGCGUGGAGACGGCCACCAAGGUGUGGAUCAAGGGCCGCGAGUUCAGCAUCAAGCGCCUCCUGGGCGACGCGUACCCGGAGGACGUCCCGCGAUACGAGAACGGCGGCGCACUGGGCAUCUUCCGCCUCGCGCCGCAGGACUACCACCGCUUCCACAUACCCGUCGACGGCGUCCUGGGCCGGCCCAAGACCAUCGCCGGCGAGUAUUACACGGUCAACCCCAUGGCCAUCCGCUCCGCGCUGGACGUCUACGGGGAGAACGUGCGCGUGCUCGUGCCGAUCGACAGCCCCGAGUUCGGGCGGGUCAUGGUCAUUUGCGUCGGCGCCAUGAUGGUCGGCAGCACGGUGAUCACCCGCUGUGAGGGCGAGCAGGUCCGCCGCGCCGAGGAGCUGGGCUAUUUCAAGUUUGGCGGGAGCACCGUCGUACUGCUCUUUGAGAGUGGCAGGAUGGUGUUUGACGACGACUUGGUGGACAACUCGAAUACCGCGCUCGAGACCCUGGUCCGCGUCGGUAUGUCAGUCGGCCAUGCUCCCGGCGAGCCCAUGUGGACGCCGGACAUGCGCAAGGACGAGAACCAGAUCACCGACGCCGACAAGGCCGAGGCUAAGCGCCGGAUCCAGGGUCAGGUGGCUGAAGAGUCGCCCGACGAUAGCGCGAGCGGGCCGGAGGGUGAGGACGUCUCGGCCAAGGUGCCACCGGUGGCGUCGAUAGCGGGGUGAAACCUCUCUCUCUCUCAUCAUCUGGGCCGAUCUAGAACGAGACUCUAGAGAGGGUGGUUGGCGUGAUGGUUAGCAUGCAUAGCGUUGAGUUGAUGCCGAGAUAGCGUGUGCCUCGAUGAUGACAGAUGUUGUUGGCUGGCCGGGCUCUUUCCCCCAUCGAACUGGGUAUAU